GCAGAAAAGUUUUUUUAAGGACAUCAAUAUUUCUAAGUUCUAACCAGAGCAUGGAUAUUCAAAAACAGAACCCAAGUAGAAAGUAGUGCGCAUUUUGAAUGGAAGUCCUCAAGUCAGUCCAAAAGUUUCAAAAAUCUAAAUGGUGAAAAUGAUUAUAAAGUGGAUAGUCUGAAAGUAAAUCCUAAGCCUGCGAUUUGCACUAUAGAUUGAUUAGAAAGAUAAAAUAACCAUAGCACAUGCACAUAAUGACUUGUAUUUCUGGGUGGAUGGUGGCCCUCCCUCAGAUUGGAAUUGGAUGACGGAGUUUCUGCCAUUGCCACACCACUGUUCCUCCAUAGUUUGUAUGAGUUCUUCCAUUAGAAGAUUAGGUAAGACCUCAGGGUCAGAAGUAAAAGAAUGUUGGCAAGUGUUUGUGGGCUCCCUUCGCCUUCACCAAUUUCGACAUCAAAAUCGAUCUUCGACCGACCUUACAUUUCAAUGGUUGAUAAAUAUUGCUCCACCAUGAGAGACCUGCAACAGAUUCAUGCACACCUGAUCAAAUCCGGCCAGGCCAAAGAUUCUUUUGCUGCUAGUCGUGUUUUGGCCUUUUGCGCCUCCCCUUUGGGUAAUAUUGAUUACGCCUAUUUGGUCUUUCUGCAAAUGCAAAACCCUAAUCCCUUUUCUUGGAAUACCAUAAUAAGGGGCUUCUCUCAAAGCUCAAACCCUCAAUUUGCUCUCUCACUUUUCAUCGAAAUGUUGGUUUCCUCACAAGUAGAACCGCAGAGAUUGACUUACCCGUCAGUUUUCAAAGCUUACUCUCAACUUGGACUUGUCCGUGAUGGAGCUCAGCUUCAUGGGAGGAUAAUAAAGCUAGGUCUUCAAUUUGAUCCAUUUAUCAGAAACACAAUCUUGCAAAUGUACGCUAAUUGUGGGUUUCUGGAUGAAGCCCGGCGAAUAUUUUACGAGGAAAUGGAAUUUGAUGCUGUUGCGUGGAAUUCCAUGAUUAUGGGUGUGGCUAAAUGUGGGGAAAUUGGGGAGUCGAGGAAGCUGUUCGAUACAAUGCCCGAAAGAAACCCAAUCUCAUGGAAUUCCAUGAUUGGUGGGUAUGUUAGAAAUGGGAUGUUCAAAGAAGCCCUGAAGCUGUUUGUCAAAAUGCAAGAAGAGAAAAUCAAGCCUAGUGAGUUUACAAUGGUGAGCUUGUUAAACGCCUCAGCUCACAUUGGAGCACUCAGGCAAGGGGAAUGGAUUCAUGAGUACAUAGAGAAGAACAAUCUAGAGUUGAAUCCCAUUGUAGUUACAGCAAUCAUAGACAUGUACUGCAAAUGUGGUAGCAUAGUUAAUGCCCUUCAAGUGUUUGAGAAAAUGCCCAGCAGAGGAUUAUCUAGUUGGAACUCCAUGAUCUUCGGCCUGGCUGUGAAUGGCUGCGAAAAUGAAGCAAUUUUGUUAUUCAGAAUGCUGGAAUCUUCGAGUCUUGAACCAGAUUCUGUUAGUUUUAUGGCUGUAUUAACAGCUUGUAAUCACGCUGCAAUGGUGGAAGAAGGCAGGGAAAUUUUCUCACUGAUGAUAAACACUUAUAGAAUCAAACCAUCAAUAAAACACUACAAUUUAAUGGUGGACAUGAUCAGCCGAGCUGGGUUUCUUGAAGAAGCAGAGCAGCUCAUAAAAACCAUGCCGAUUGAGGCAGAUGCAAUCAUGUGGGGGUGUUUACUCUCAGCUUGUAGAACGCGUGGGAACACAGAAAUAGCGAAAAGGGCAGCGGAGAAAGUUAAUGAACUGGAUCCAGAAGAAAGCUGUGGUCAUGUUCUUAUGGCGAAUGUUCAUGCUUGGACCAGUAACUUUGUGGGAGCAAUGGAGGAAAGGGUUUCAAUGAGGAUGAAGAAUGUGGAGAAAGAACCAGGGGGAAGCCUGAUUGAAGUUGAUGGUGAAGUUCAUGAGUUUAUAGCUGGUGGUGGGAGGUUGCAUCCUAAAGCUCAAGAGAUUUACAUUGUAUUGGACCAAUUGGGAGUGAUGCAACAAGACACUGGAAAUUUAUUGAUUAAUCUGAAAGAAAUGAAUCAUUUGGAGGUUUAGAUUUUUAAUCCCUUAAUGCUUCACAACAUUUUCAUCUACUACCCUUUGAUGACCUUGGAGUGAAGGUUAUAUUUUUAUUGGCUAACCACCUUUCUUAAAGUAUUUGUCAAUAUUCAUUUGAUAUAAUAGAAAUAAGAGUUUUUUUUUUUUUUAC